AUGGCGCCGCCGCUCGCCCUCGGCGAGGUGCCCGAGGAGGUUCGCAUGAACAAGCUCCUCGGAAUGAAUGCACCACCAGCCGCAAAAGUUUACAACGAAAAGGAACGCUACCACGUCGAGUGCUGUGUGGAAAUCAACCAGUGCGUCGGGUGCGCAAUGACGCGGCCGUCCUGGCUCGGUCGAGCGGCGAGGAACCGGCAUGGCCACGCCAUCGAGCAGGCGUCGCGUCGAUGGCGUGGAGGACGACGCGAUGAUUCAGCACGAACGCGCCGUAAAUUUUUGAUUUCCACACAGGUCGAGUGGAAGGACCUCCACAUGACCCAGGAGGAGCAAGAUAGGAUAGCCUAUUUGCGGGAGCGAGGUGCGAAACACGUGUUCACGCCCUAUGAGCUCGAAGUGCGAGCAUUACGCUCGCGAGAUUUGGAAGCUUACAAGAAGCCGACGCCGCUAACGCAGCAGUUCGACAGAGAGUGCAAAUACGACUACAAGGAAGAAGGCCUUAGCUUCGAUCCGCGCGUCUCUACGAAACAAAGCUUUUGCAGCAAGCUGUGUGGAAAUCAACCAGUGCGACGGGUGCACCCGACAAUUCUUCACUAAGUCAUUUCUCGGCGAUGACGCGGCCGUCCUGGCUCGGUCGAGCGGCGAGGAACCGGCAUCGCCACGCCAUCGAGCAGGCGUCGCGUCGAUGGCGUGGAGGACGACGCGAUGAUUCAGCACGAACGCGCCGUAAAAUUUUGAUUUCCACACAGGCAGCAAGGUGUUCGAUUGGUGCUGCUGCUGCUGCAUCUGCUGUUGUUGCCGUGAAUAUAGAAGGAGGCGGAAGCGCCAAAAAGCAAGGGAGAAGGAGAUGCGGCGCAAGUCGAUGGACGAGCGGGCCUCGCGGGGCAGCCGGGGCUCGAUGGACGAGGAACCGCGUCAUAAAAAGAAGACGAAGAAGAAGCGGUGCUGUCUCGUCAGAUGCGUCAGAUGGCUCUGUUGUUGCUGGUGCGGGGAGGAUUGCGAAAAGAAAAAGCGAGCCAAAUUUCCGAAGGGGACGAAGGUCGAGUGCCGCUACCGGGCAGGGAAGACCUUCUACCCGGGUCGCAUAACCGAUUUCACGGAGGAAGGUCUCUACGUCAUCGAGUACGAGGAAGGCGGCAUCGAGCGCGGCAUCAAGGAGGAGUUCAUUCGCAUGCCGAAGCGCGCUGCCCCCGUGGAGGAAACUAAGCAGGAGGCCCCGAAGACCCCCGAGAAAAAAGCAACCGUUCCGGAAAAGAAGGAGGAGCCCGCCGGGCCGCCCGAGCCCUGGGAGACGCACGAAACACAUGACGGCAACACCUACUACUGGAACCGCCUCACGGGCGAGACGUCGUGGACGCUGCCCGAGGCGCCGAAGCUGAAGGCCGCGGCGGCCCCGGCGCCGAAGAAGCCGAAGAAGAAGCGGUCGUGGUGCUUCGGCCGGCGCAAGCCGGCGGCGAAGACGCUCGUCGUCGCGGCGGAACAUCAUUCCCAUUCCACCUUUGAACAUCCGGAGGCGGCGACUCAGGAUGACUUUGAGUUUCCCGCCCGCCUAGGCUCUGGAGCGGAGUUCCCCGCCCCUCUCAAGGACGACAUGGUUGUGGAGGACCUCGAGGACGACUACCCCUUGGAGAACCACAUGGACAAACUCAAGGGGCCUCUCGUAGUGAACGAUUAAAAUUUGUGAGUGAUUUAAAACAA